AUGCCUGAUUCCUCGGAACGGAAUGCCAUCGAACUCGGUAAGAUUUACUCCCGGGAAAGAGAACGUAGGAAUCAGAGUCCCGAAAACGUCAGAAGCGGCACUGGAAGUCGGGGGAAGGAGAGGAGAUCGGAGCUCGCCGGUUCCCCUUUGGCUCUCCGCGGGCAAAGCGUGAAGAAUACAGCAGUUCCCCGGCACCUGCACACCGCCGCUCUCCUGAUCUUUGUUAACAAGCAGCUGCAGGGUGUGGGACGUCUUUGGCUGCCCUUCUUCCUUUCCAACGCGCUUUUCGUUUUGAUUGCAGAUCAACAAAAAACCACGGUGAUCGAAAAUGGGGAGAUCCGAUUUAAUGGGAAGGGGAAGAAGAUUCGGAAGCCUCGAACCAUUUACUCAAGUCUGCAGCUGCAGGCAUUAAACCACCGCUUCCAGCAGACCCAGUACCUGGCACUUCCGGAGAGAGCAGAGCUGGCAGCUUCACUGGGACUUACUCAGACACAGGUAAAAAUCUGGUUCCAGAAUAAGCGUUCCAAGUUUAAGAAAUUGCUCAAGCAAGGCAGCAACCCCCAUGAGAACGACCCCCUGCCCGGCUCGGCUACCCUCUCGCCUCGUUCUCCGGGUUUGCCUCCGGUCUGGGACGUUUCAGCCUCUGCCAAAGGAGUCAACAUGCCUCCCAACAGCUACAUGUCUGGCUAUUCUCACUGGUACUCUUCUCCACAUCAAGACACAAUGCAGAGACCACAAAUGAUGUGA